GUUUUGUGUCAACCUAUUUGGCUUCUGCGAUCGUUUGUAAAGUCGUCCGCCAAUACUUUAGUGUUAUUUUUUACCUACAACAGCUGUGACAUUUUAACUCAUCCGUCUGGUUUUAACUCCACUUCCUCCAUUAGAGAAGUACUUGAAGCUGCACAUAGAAAUGUCAGCAGAGGAGCUGUCAAAAGUGCAGCGACUGCACUGUAAACUAAAAGAGACCGAAGAAGCAUUGGAAAAGGCAGCACAGUAUGGCUUACAACUGCUUGAGUCCCAACAUGAGCUGCAGAAUCAAUUAGAGGAACAGCGUGCAGAGAUGACCAACAAUAUUGAGGUUCUAGAGCAAGACAAAUAUUCUUUGCAAAGAGAAGUUGAGCUGAAGAAUCGAAUGUUAGAUAGUAUGGCAUCUGAAUGUGAGAGCUUGAAACAACAACAAAAGUUGCUGUGGGAGCAACAUGAGACACAGUUGAAGAUGAGCCAUAUAAGAGAAAUCGAUGAGUAUAAAAAUAAGCUGGAGAAGAUGAAGGCUGACCUGGAAGAAACACAGCUGAGUGAGAAACAGUUACGCCAUAAACUGGAUGUGCAAAGUGAAAUUCUGAGUAGUAAGACUGAAGAGCUGCGCACUCUUUCAGAGCGUGCCCAUGAGACCAUGUCUUCUGAAAUGCUGGACUUGCAAAUGGAGAAAGCAGAACUUGAAGAUGCCAAGGCUGUAUUAGAACAUGAAGUGAAUGAAAUGCGGUAUCGACAGCAACAGCUUGAAUUAACCAGUACAACUCUUCAAAGACAAGUUGAACGACUGACUGAAGAGAAGGAGGAAAGGGAGAAAGAAGCGGUUUCUUACUUCAAUGCCUUGGAGAAAUCUCGGGAAAUAAAUGAAGACCUUCAGAUUCAAUUAGAUCAGGCUUUGCGACAGGCUCAGGACCCAAAUAGUAAGGGGAACUCUCUCUUCUCGGAGGUUGAAGACCGCAGAGCGGAAAUGGAAAGACAAUUGAUUAGUAUGAAAGUUCAGUAUGAAUCUCUGCAGAAACAACAUUCUUACUCCAGACAGCAGCUGCACAGAAUGAAGGUUCAAAUUGCUACCUUACUUCAGCUAAAAGGCUCUCAUGCAGAUGCAGGGCAACUUGAGCGUCUACAGACAAUGCUUAGUCAGAAAAAUCAUGAAAUAGAAACAUUGAUGGUUAAACUGCAUCAUCUUGAAAAACUGGAGCUGAAUCACAGAGUUGAACCUUCCACAGAGGUGGAAAAUGAAGAUGGCACCUACUACACAGACCUGCUCAAAAUGCAGCUGAUGAAUUCCAAGAAAGAAUCGGACAGACUGGGUAACGAGUUGUCUCUCCAGAGAAUGAAGGCUUUGGCUGAGAGUCAGAAGGUUCUAGAAGUGGAACGGAAGCUUUUCAGCAGUGAAAAGACACUCAAGCUCUUUCAGAGUGAAAAUAUUAAGCUACGUGUCCAAGUGGAUGAGCUGAGGAUGAAAUAUGAACCACAUGUAAUGAACAAGAGUCGCAUUCAGAAACGGAGAAAAGAAAAACUGCCAGUUGAUAUCGAAGAAAAUGGACCAACUCAAGAGGAUACAAAAAAUGUGUGUAGCACUUCAGUACCUACCAUCUUUCAGUCCACUGCAUCAGCAGAGAGCUUCAUUAGCACACAAGAAAAUAUCCAGCCCUUAGAAGCUGAAAAGCAGCUACCCCGUGAUACCAAAAAGGUCAAAAUAUCUGAAGAGUCACCGGCUACCACAAUAAUUUCACCCAGGUCUUCUCCAUUGGACCAUAAAAUCAGGAGCAUUAAUGAAGCGGAAAGAGGAGCAGAAUACAAGAUGCCUGAGCGGAAGAAGCGUGAGAAGACAUGUUCUGUGAUCCAUGUUCCAUCAAAGCCUACUUCUGAGAGCCAGUGUGCUCAGCAGUAAAAUAUUGUCAGUAUUCUUCAUUCAUCUUUGGGUACAGUAAUGGGGAAAAAAAUGGUUCAGGUGGGAGAAAAGUGGAAACAAGUUUAAAUAAGACAUUUUAAAUACUGUAAAAUUCAAUGU